AUGCCGGAGACGGCGAAGAAAGCUCAGAUCGAAGCCCACGAAUGGGACAGUGACCAUGUGGAAGAUGUGUGGUCAUUUGUGAACGAGGCAGCAGCCGCUUCACCAAUCCAACCAAUUGCGAAUCUGGGUCAGGGCUUCUUUGGAUAUAACCCUCCACGGUUUGCAAUUGAUGCCGCCAAGGAUGCCCUCGAUAGGGUCGAUUGCAACCAAUGCGCCCCGACAAAGGGCCGUCCACGACUGAAGAGUGUUCUAGCAGAUAUGUAUUCCAGGUCAUUGGGCAGAGAUAUCAAUCCUGACACGGAGGUCGUCGUCACGUCGGGUGCAAAUGAAGGAAUGCUUUGUGCAUUCAUGGGACUUCUUAGUCCGGGCGAUGAGGCCAUCGUUUUUGAGCCAUUCUUCGACCAAUUUAUUAGCAGCAUUGAGCUGGCUGGUGCUAUUGUUCGUUAUGUGUCUCUCCUGCCACCAGAGAACCGUACGACUUGGACGUCGCGCGCCUCGGACUGGGCAGUUGACUUUCCAAGGCUCGAGAAUCUUAUUAAUGAUCGUACAAAAAUGAUUGUAUGUCGACUUUGCCACACAGGACUCAAUUUACAUAAUCCCACCGGUAAGGUGUUCACGCACGACGAGAUUAAUAAAAUAGGAGCAAUCUGCAUCCAGCACAACCUCAUCCUCUUGUCCGAUGAGGUCUAUGACCGGCUCGCUUAUCAGCCAUCAACCAGCCCUGCCAGCCUCACGGACGACUUAUACCGACGCACCUUGACCGUCGGGUCGGCUGGCAAAGCACUCCACGCCACAGGAUGGAGAGUGGGCUACCUGGUGGGACCAGCACCGCUCAUCGCACGCGUGGCCACGGUUCAUACAAAGAUAUGCUACAGCACGGCGUCUCCGUUGCAAGAAUCUGUCGCCGUAGCUUACGAGCACGCCGAGAAGACUCAAUUCUGGCAAGAGAGUCGUCGACUUAUGCAAGAUAAGAUUAGAUGUUUCUGUAAAGUGUGGGAUGAACUUGGGCUGCCAUACACCUUGCCCGAUGGAGGGUAUUUUGUUUUAGUCAAUAUGUCGGCUGUCCGCAUUCCAGCCGAUUACCCUUUCCCGUCACAUAUUGUCAAUCGGCGACGUGACUUUCGACUAUGCUGGUUCAUUAUUCAAGAGCUCGGAGUGGCUGCCAUUCCACCAUCUGUGUUUUAUAGUCCCGAAAAUGCUUCUAUCGGAGAGAAGUAUCUGCGGUUUGCGGUGUGUAAAGAGGAGGCUUUGCUUGAGUUGGCCAAGACCCGUUUGCGCGGUUUGAAAAAAUAUAUCCCAGAGCAUAUAUGGCCGAAGCCAGAUAUGUCUGAAAAGAAGACCAGAUUGGUUACCUAA